CCUGCCUGGCCCUAGUGCAUGAACGCCCAACCGACAUCUUGGAGCUCUGAGGGAGAUUCACCUGCCUCUGUUAUCAGCAAGGCAAUCAACAUGGCAAGUGGAGUGGACCUUCUGAUGUAUUUUAACACAUCAUGCGUGGAGUGCUCAGACAUGGGGCCACCUCCAGAUACAAUCCUCGGCAUCCCACCACCUCCACUGCCAACCUUUCUGCAACGAGCCCCUGCCUUCAAUGACACAGCAACUUGCAGUGUUCUCUGUGACUGGACAGCAGGCCCUGGUGUGGAGUAUGUUGAGCUGCCAAGACAAGGACCAGCAAUGGAUGACACCUGGUUGCUGGUGUUGAUUGCUUCCUCUGUUGGAGUGUUGCUUCUGGGAGCCCUUCUUGCACUCUUCCUGCUUAAGUGCAGAGUUGAGCGCAGUGGAAAAGGCUCUCUGCAGCUGGAUGGUUCGACUCUGAGCAAGGCUAAAGGCGUUAAGGGAUGUGAGGCAGUACUGUAUCCAUGCCCAUCAUCUGGUGGAGCUGUCACCCCAGACAGCCGUGUGUUGUGGGCAGCACUCACACCUCGUGGGACCACCCAUCACUUCACAGCAGAGCCACCAAUAUAUCACCAACCAUACCAGCACCAACAUAGUGUCCCCCAGUAUGGUUCCACUUUGCAGCACCAAGCCCGCAGCUUGCCCCCCAUCCCCACAUCUCCUCAACACCCUCCAUCACAAAUAUCACCAUACCAGAUCACACAUAUCACACAACAGUUGCCAGAUACUCUCCCCGUAAGCUUUGACAACUCUGGCUUCAUUGAUUCAGAUGAUCCAACGCCAGUUGUAGAGAGCUACCAGCUGAGUGAAUUAGUUGAAACAGGCAGCACUUGCAGCACGAGAAGGACUCCAUCCAGUAGCCCUCAUGCCUCACCUCGACCUAGAGUCUCUUCUCCAACCCGUAUAGAGCACCCCAACCUGCCUCCCCUCAACCUACACCCAAGUCAUCGUGGACUGCGCAGGACAACCCUCUCGAGGAGAGAAUCAGAUGCAUCUUCAGUUUCUUCAGCUGUUGUACUGUAGACUUACCAUAACAUAUUAUAUUAAAAAGAAAUAUCAAGGUAAGGCAGAAAUAGUUUCAGUUCUAUCUUACUGAAGUGUGAGUACCAAGUCAGUUUUCCAAACCUUGGUAGUUAUUUUGAUUAUAAUGCUGUGCCCAGAAUCUUCUGAGUGUAAGAUGCUCCAUGACAGUUGGACACAGGUCCAGAAGCAUUGCAACUUUGUAACAGAGGAGGGCUAACUGGAAGGUAAAGAGAGGUAAGGCUCUGAGUUGAGAAGGCCAGUAAUUUACUACCUGUCAAGCAUGUCGACUCUGAAGAAGAGUGCAGCAAUUUCCUGCAAAACACAGGCAGUUUUUACCAUUUUCACACAGAAGACCCUGGGCUGAACACUGUAAAAUAUGUACUUUAUUUUUUUAUUGCUAGUGGGGUGGGACUAAGUUCCUUGUACUUCGGCCACUUCUGGCCUAUUGUACCAGCC